AUGUUAACUCACCAGCGCAAAAGAGGUAUUCUUGGAUCUCACUUGUACGUCUCAGAAAAGGGAAAUUUUGAGAUAUAUGUAGACAACACAUUCUACGGAAACUUUGGCCCCGGAGUUGCUUUCGGAGAGCUGGCAUUGUUAUACAACACGAAAAGACUGAGCUCCAUCGAUGUGCAAACAGAUGGCAAGGUAUGGGUCUUAGACCGGAAAGUCUUCCUUGCUAUAAUGCAGCGGACCGACGAAGAAUUUACGCAGUACAAUAUACAAGUUCUUCGUCGCAUCUCCGUGCUACGAACGCUUCCCGAGGAAGUUCUCGCGAAAAUGUCUGAUUUAAUAGUUGUGGAAUUUUAUUCCUCUCAUUCAUACAUCAUACGCGAAGGAGACCCGGGGGAUAAGUUCUUUAUAAUAAACGGGGGCAACGUCAGGAUCACGAAGACCAACUCGUACGGUAUAGAGGAGGAAAUGACUGUGCUCGAUAGGGGAGAUUAUUUCGGCGAGAAAGCAUUAUACGACAAUGGCGAUACUAAACGGCAAGCAAAUGCUAUCGCUCUACCACCUGGCACUGAAUGCUACACUAUCGACAGACAAUCCUUCCUGGACUACCUCGGCGGAUUGGAAUCAAUUCGCAACAAAAACUGGCUUAUCUACCGGCGACCAACAAUCGCCGAUGUCUGGGAUCUUGCGUUUCGUGAUCUAUCGCUGACGGAUCUAGAGAUCAUUGGAACUAUAGGCGCCGGUGGUUACGGCAGAGUCGAAUUGGUGACCGUCAAUUCAAUACCGAACAUCAGCUACGCCAGGAAAAAAAUACGAAAGAACAUGAUCACAAUAAGAGGAUAUCAGAAGCUGAUCUACAACGAGAAGCAAAACCUGAGACUGUGUAAUUCGCCUUUUAUCUGCAAAUUAUACAGGACGUUUAAGGACAACAGAUAUCUCUACUUCUUGAUGGAAGCAUGCCUGGGUGGUGAUUUACGAACAGCAUUGUACAGAAAAGGUCGAUUCGACAAUUCUACUGCCCAGUUUAUCGUUGCUUGCGUCGUGGAAGCGCUCGAUCACCUUCACACACUUGGUAUCAUUUACAGGGAUUUGAAACCCGAGAAUAUCCUGAUUUCUAAUGAUGGCUACAUUAAACUGACUGAUCUUGGCUCUAGCAAGAUAAUAGCUGCUUACAAGACGAAGACUUUCGUAGGAACUCCCGAAUAUCUAGCGCCAGAAAUUAUUCAAGUUAAAGGAUAUAACAGGGCCGUGGAUUAUUGGGCUUUAGGAGUCCUGGUACAUGAAUUACUUCUCGGCCGAACGCCGUUCCAAGACACGAACGACUUAGAAAUAUGUGAGAAGAUUCUGAAGGGCUUCGACGAUGUUCGUUUACCGAGUGUAGUGAAAAACGCCGCGAAGAAUUUUAUCCAACGUCUUUUACAGUUCGACCCUACAAAGAGACUCGGUUAUUUGCGAAACGGCGUCACGGAUGUGCGAAAUCACAAGUGGUUCAGCAAUUUUGACUGGACAGCAUUGCAAAAUCAGACAAUGCCUGCUGCUAUAAUACCAUCGAUAAAAAAUCAUCUGGAUAUAAAAAAUUUCGACAGAUAUCCUCCAGACCGUGAUCCAGUAUUGAAUGAUUUUUCCGACUGGGAUACCAAUUUUUAA